CGGUCCCGGGCCGGAGGAGGCACUGGAAGAUCAUCAGGGCAGGUUGCUGCAGUUGCUCUGUUUGUUUUGAAGGUGGGAUACGAGCCGCUCCCUCCGACCCUGGGCAGGAACAUAUUUGGGCGACAGGUUUACCAGCUGCCGGGGCUCUUUGCGUACGCGAAGCACAUUAUGAAGAUAGACGGAAGAGCCGGACUCUUCAAAGGGUUGACUCCCCGACUCUGCUCAGGCGCCAUCGGCACCAUUGUGCACAGCAGGGUGCUACAGCGGUACCAGGAAGCUGACCAGGAGGAGGAGUCUGGAGCCAGCCACAAGGAGUCCGUGUCCUCGCUGGAGCAGGUGGUCAAGGAGACCUCCCGCGAGAUGGUUGCCCGCUCGGCCGCGACGCUCGUCACCCACCCCUUGCACGUGAUCACGCUGAGAUGCAUGGUGCAGUUCAUCGGCAGGGAGACCAAGUACAGCCCAGCCUGUGGGCUCGGGGUGGGGAACUGGGGCAGAGCCAGGCCCUUGCGGGGGGGAGGCUGCGGCAGGGCCCAGGGUCUCCUUGUUCAAUGCCUUUCCCUCCCUCUCCAGGUCUCCACCAUGAGCGAGAUGAAGAGCUACUCGCAGGCCGUCACUGGAUUCUUCGCCAGCAUGCUGACGUACCCCUUCGUCCUCGUCUCCAACCUCAUGGCCAUUAACAACUGUGGGCUGGCUGGCGGCCUCCCCCCCUAUGCCCCCAACUACUCCUCCUGGUUAGACUGCUGGAGCCAGCUGCUCAAGGAGGGGAACAGGAGCUGAGGGAACAGCCUGUUUUUCCGGAAGGCGCCUGCAGGGAAGCUGUACGUGUGGGAGGAGAAGCGGUUCCACUGAGCCGGCCGGGCCGACGCACUGAAUGACGGGAGCGUGGUGAUUUGUACACAGUUUUUUAAAUAACGAUACAAUCUCGGGAAAUGGA